AUGACGAUCGAUCAAAAGGUAUAUUCGACGCCAUACAGGAAAGACUGCCUGCAACGGGAGAGGCCCUCUGCGCGUCGGUUCACAAGAAACAUCAUCCAGGGGCAUCCGAGAUACGCCAACUGGGCAGUAUCUGCUCCACAUUGGCAAUUGAAAGACAUGAUGGCCGUUUCACAAAGAAGCGGGGGCACGGAAUUCCAGUUGCCCUAUGAGAACAAGGUGUUCAAUUUCAGUAUGGACCAGUUACAGUUUCACGUGAAUACAAAACAUGUCAAGUAUUCAUCAUACACAUUUACCACCAAUGCGAGAUGCAUCAAGCAUUUGGACGGAAUUACGGUACUUGGAGGAAUCCACACGUCAAGCGAUUCCAUCUCGAUGAGUAAAGGCUCCUUCUCGUACUAUAACGACCAGACCAACAUAACGGAGAACAUCCAAGUGGGGGAAUUCAUCAACAACUCUGUAUCAAUCAAUGGUUUAUCUCGGAGUCAUUACUUAUCUUAUCUAUGCAAUAAUGAUAAGAAUUUAUAUCGCUAUGAUAUAACUCCAUCUCGAAUUGUCCAAUCGUCAAACCCAACCUAUCUACACUUUGCCUUGAACCAUUCCAUAUUAUCUAGUGAUAAUAAGACGUUGAUAACUGUGGGUGAUUCAUCAAGAAUUCUCAUUUCACAUCCACAAGAGAAUAACCCAAAAAGUUUAAGCUUUAAAGACUUUGACAUCAUCGAAACGUUUGGUGACUGUGGAUUCUCCACAUCCUUUCUCUCCAAUGGCAACCAAUUUGUCACUUGUUUCCAAGACGGGCUGGCCUUACUUUAUGACUUGCGAAAUUUGAGUAAUCCAAUCCAUUCCAUACAUUCAACUAGACCAAAGUCGCAGCCCGGUGCGUUCAGGGUCGUCAAGACUUCGGCAUCAAACGACCUCAUUGCUAUUUCAGAACACCAGGGAAGAAUCCACUUGCUCGACUCUAGAAACCUCAAUAACCACUCUGUUGUGCUGUUGCCAAAAUAUCUCUACAAUGUUCCGCCAACUAUUAAAUUGGACGAUGACGGCAAUAAUGAAGAUUCCCAAAUCUUUGGAAGGUAUCCAGUUGCAACAUCGGCAGACCCUUCAAAAGAUACAUCCAACCAAUGGUUCUACGAGCCCAUUGUGAAAGACAUUGACGAUUUGAAGGAAAUGCGGCAAUUUGGUGGCGAAUUGAACAUGGGCUACUUGGAGAGCUACAGGUAUCUAGACCCGAGAUUUGGUUCAACUUUUGGCACAACAAGGUCAAUGCUUCAUGAUCGGUAUAGGAUUCUGUUGCAAGGUUCCUUUGAUCGUGAAGAUACUCUCCGUCGGAGGGGCAACAUGGAAUAUGAUCCUCAAGCCAGUUGCUUGCUCAACCACGAUCCUCCUGCGUAUAAAAUAAAACGGUCAAAUAUAAGAAAAAUUCAAAACUGGUGGCUGAAAGCUAACAACGAUAACAACAGCAACUACGAAAAUAGCAGUCCUUAUGGUACAGAUACAAUUAAUUACAAAGAACAGUGGCCGUGGGGUAAAGAGAUCCCCAGAGAACAAGAAGACUCGACAGACACCCAAGAGGUCAAUAUCUUGGAAGUUCCUGAAAGAGACCCGUUCUUUUAUGUUGACUCUGAUAUUGAGAUCAACGGCCUCGAAUUUAUGGAUAAUGGUAGUGGUAACGCCUCUCUUUGUAUCGGUACACGAGAAGGCAUCGUGUUGUGGGACAUCAACGAGAGAGAGCGCAAUACAAAUGCCACAUAUGAAUAUAUGUAA